GAGGGUCAGAAACAACUCCUGAAUGCGGCCCAGGAGCAACUCUGAAUGUGGAUUGGAGGCCAGGCUCUCUCCUGAAUCCCAGGCAGAUAAUCACAGGAAGUGAACAGCUCUGACUGCAGGGCGGCUCUCAGACAGCUGGGAACUCCCAGAGGUCCCCAUGCUACUUGUUCAACUCCCGGUGACAGAAAAGAAUCGGAAACAAGACUGACUUCGGGCCGCAUAAGAAGGUAUUUGAGGCUGCUCCCUACAUGGUCCAAGGGAGAAAUCUCAGCCCGGCGGUACUGAAAAGGAAGCAGCUGAUCCAGGGCCCCUUGAGGAUAAACCCCAAGAAGUUCCACGAGGCCUUCAUUCCGUCUCCAGACGGCAUCCGGGACGUCUUCAUCGACGGGGUCGUGGCUCGCAACAGAGCUCUGAAUGGGGACAUUGUGGUGGUGAAGCUGCUUCCGAAGGACCAGUGGAAGGUAAUCAAGCCUGAAGGGGGAGACAAUGAGAUGGAAGCCGCUCAGGAAUCAGAGGCCCCCAGGAAUCCACCAGGCGCCUCCGUUGGGGGCAGUCCAGCCAAAGGGGAUGCCAACAGCCCGGAUGUUAUCAUAGAGGCUCAGGUUGACGACGACGACAAAGAUAUCAAGAGCAGGCAAGAAUGCGCGAGGGAGGCAAAGCUGUCCCUGGGAGCCGGCGAAACGGGAGAUCAAACGAAUCCGCCGUUUUGCUUCUAG